CACGAGCUCGGGGUCCUCGACGCCCGCUUCCCGCUCGUAUAAAAGCCGACGCCGCGCGGCGCCGCCGCUGUAGUGGCCUUGUCCUCGGUGUCUCUCCUGUCGUGUGAGCGCCGCCCGUCCGCCUCGGGCCCGCGGUCUUGAGACCGAGCACCAUGCCUUCGAUAAAGUUACAGAGCUCUGAUGGAGAGAUAUUUGAAGUUGACGUAGAAAUUGCCAAACAAUCUGUUACCAUCAAGACCAUGCUGGAAGAUUUGGGAAUGGAUGAUGAGGGAGAUGAUGAUCCUGUUCCUUUACCAAAUGUUAAUGCAGCAAUUCUAAAAAAAGUCAUUCAGUGGUGCACCCACCACAAGGAUGACCCUCCUCCUCCUGAGGAUGAUGAGAACAAAGAAAAGAGGACCGAUGAUAUUCCUGUUUGGGACCAAGAAUUCCUGAAAGUUGACCAAGGAACACUUUUUGAACUUAUUCUGGCUGCAAACUACUUAGACAUCAAAGGUUUGCUUGAUGUUACAUGCAAGACUGUGGCCAAUAUGAUUAAGGGGAAAACUCCUGAGGAGAUUCGUAAAACUUUCAAUAUCAAAAAUGACUUUACUGAAGAGGAGGAGGCCCAGGUACGCAAAGAAAACCAGUGGUGUGAAGAGAAGUGAAGUGCUGGGCCUGACACUGUAACACUAGAAGGGUUGUUCCAAAUGCUAGUUGCACUGCUCUGUUUAUAAUUGUUAAUAUUAGAAAACAGUAGACAAACGCAGCCUGUCCUCACUGCAUGUGUAGUUCCAGUACAGAUCAGACCUGUGGCUGAGUUUCUUCUAUGAGCAGAAGUUACUUUCUUUUUUCCCCACUCAUUACUCUGAAUAAAACUGAACUAUGGGU